CGCCUACUUUUUAUCUUCCCUACCACACCAACGCAAUCACCGCAUCGUUGUCCACCCCCUCAUACUCACAUCUAGCCAGUACAUCAUUACCGGACGAUGAAUUCAUACGCCUUUCCGUCCUCCCAUUCGCCCUACAGUACCCAUCAGACUGUUGCCUACCCCACUUCUCCACACUCGCAACACGGUCAUGGGAGUUACAACUACGGGACUCCCCUGAGGCGGGCAUCUACCGGGCAUACCUACGCAUCUAGCCCACAAUACGGGUACCCCCCUGUAGUCCAGGCGCCGCAGACUACUCAAUACUUGUCUGUGCCUAACUCUCACCACCGCAGCAGGAGUCAGAGCAGGCACAGUCAUAGCAGACCCAGAGCCAACAGCCACAGUCAUCACGGGCAUGGGCACGGGCACGGGCACGGAUACAGUACAACUGCUACCUACCCAGUCGCAUACGCAACAUCUGCUCCCGUAUACAGCCAACCUAGCUCAGGACAUCAUCGCUCUCAUUCCACGUCACACAGACACCGUUCCCACUCGCGCCCUGCUCAUUCUUACGCAGGCGGUGGUGAUUAUCACAGAGGUCGAUCAGUAUCAAUCGGUGACCGCUUUCGGAAUUUCCUUGGAAUGGAGCCCUCAUCGAACUCUUACUACAAUUCCUACGGAAAUCGAGGGCACGGGCACCACAACUCUUACGGUGGUAUGAGAGAUGAAAGAAGACCGAGGAAACACAGUGGCUAUGUGGACGAACACGGGAGAGAAGUGGAUAGCCGUGGACGAAUGAUCCAUCGCUUUUAAUUUAGGCAGCUGUUUUGACAAUGUAGUUUAUGUACCCAAAGGGCAGGA